UUCCUUUCCUUUCCAAAACUUCAAAAUUAGUUGAAAGUAACAUAAGUGAAAAUUGAGAAAUAUUGCAAUUUAUAUCGUUUAGAUCUUGCUUUUAUGUCAAUUUCAUUCCGAAUCCAUGCACAGAGAUAUGGCAGGAUUGGAACAGUACGAAAGGUAUCUGGAAGAUGAUGAAGAUCAGUUAGAUAAUAUGUCACGGUUACAUGCAUCCCUAAAGUCGCCGCUUGAGACAACACACUAUCAGUUCAUAAAUUCAGAGCGAGAUUUGACCCUUCCCCUACAAAAGCACAAGAAUGUGCAACCAAUCUAUGAAAGCCCGGAAGAUGAGAUUUCAUUGCGAAAAUACCUAGGAGCUAGCGUGAAUCUAAUAAGUUUGAUAACGGAGAAUUUACUUUGCCACCCGUUUUUGGUCCUUCGUCGCCAAUGUCAAGUACACCAUAGUUCCAUCAAGUACCACAUUGUACCGUUGACGUUAGUACCGGUGAUUGUCCACCUUCAUCAACGGCAGGGUGUUACCACACUGUGGAAGGGAGUUGGUAGCAUCCUGCUGGUUCGAGGGAUGACCCUGGCUGUCGAGGAUGUCAUCUCAAAAUUUACGCCAUGGCCAAAGGAAGUUAAUUCUAAAACCACACUGAAACAAUUCGGGCAACAUUUGCUGUUGAAAUGCAUAAGCUUAGCCACUAUCGUGCCCUUCUAUUCUGCGUCAUUGGUGGAGACUGUUCAAAGUGAUAUCGCUAGUGAAAAACCAGGAAUAUUCGAUGUGUUUCGUGAAGGUGCGAGUAGAUUACUGUCUUGGAGUGUCCCGCAAAAAGGUCGGAUGCUCCCGAUCUGGGCUUUAGUUGGUCCCAGUAUAUCGCUAGGAAUAUCGAAAUAUAUCUGCCAGCUCUUUGUGCGUGGAAUAUCUACACGCAUCAUGUGUCGUCGAGUGACUUUCUUUGAUGAAAAACGAGGUGCUCGACCGCGUGAUUUUGCCGCUCAAAGCCAGGUUAUUGAGGUUUAUUCUACGAUGAUCUCUCUAAUGACGACAGAGAUUAUUUUCUACCCAUUCGAAACAAUUUUACAUCGAAUUCAGUUGCAAGGCACGCGCACCAUUAUAGAUAACCUCGAUUCGGGGUACUCGGUCGUACCGAUUUUAACUAGCUACGAAGGAGUCAUGGACUGUUAUCGUCAAACCGUAGCUACAGAAGGCGUUACUGGUUUAUACAAAGGAUUCGGUGCGAUGCUGCUCCAGUUUGCAGCGCAUGUCGCUGUAAUCAAACUCGGCAAAUGGAUUAUCACGCAGAUAUCGGAAGUAAUGUCCACCAAACCGCCACCCAAAGUGGCAGAAUUCUACAAUCUGGACGCUAAACAAUCCGGAGGUUCAGCUAGCAUGUCGAGAAGCAUCAGUGGAAUAAGUUCCCUUAGUGACGAACUAUCCUAGUUACAAAAUUCCCUGUUUUUGUUGAAAAACUAAGAAAAACACGUUGUUUCAGUAUA